GUCAGGGCUGUCGAAGGGGCCUUGAUGGAAGAAAGGAGGACAUCGUCUUGUCAUCAAACAACACUUACAGUUUACAAUUCUUGGAACGCAAAAGACGCGUGUGAAAAUCACUGAGGAAGGAUACAACGUCGUACAGAAGUUAAUUAAGUUUAUAUCGCCGGCGUCACGCUUUCUAUGUCUAAAGUACAUGGUUCUAGCGGGAUAUAAGUGUUUCGCUACUAAAUUGAAAGUGUUUGAAAUGACAGUCGGUACAGUGAGGAUAAAGCAUAAUAACAUAUUGUCUUUCUUUACCUUCCAACAAGAUGAUUUACUUACACUGCGGACUUGCACAACCUUUCUCUCCAAUUUACUUUUUGGUUGCAGCGGGGAUCUUGGCGAUGUUUAACAACAGUAAAACAUUUGGAUUUGAACAAGAGACGGAGAGCUUUCUACAGGGGCUUCCGCAGUACGAGGUCGUUCACCCCUACCGAGUGGACGCCAAAGGUCACUUCCUGUCCAACUUUGUGUCCCACCGCGUCAGCCGGGUACAACGGAGGGAAACCCAGGGGGAACCAGGAAACCCUACACGGGUGUUCUACCAGUUGCAGCACGGUGGCCACAAUCUGCACUUCAACCUCACCCUCAACCCACACCUGCUGGCUCCUGGCUUCCUGACUGAGCGAAGGUACGGUGGCAUGGAGGGGGCCAAAAUACGCAGCCAUGGCCCUUCGCUGUGCCACUUUAUCGGGGACGUGUGGGACCAGGCAACCAUCAAGGGGAGGGCGGCUAUAAGCACUUGUGACGGCCUGACUGGGCUGUUCAAGCUGUCCCAGGAGGAGUUCUUUAUCCGGCCAUUGGAGCGGUCCAGUGAUGAGUUGACGGCACCACAAGUCCACAUUAUCUACAAGCGCCACACCUCCCCCACCCAAAGCCAGUUGGUACAGCCCAUCUCUGGAGACCAUACCACCAACGGUACCUGUGGGGUCAAAGAUCCCGCUGCGGCGUUGGAGCGUGUUGAGAGGCAACGGGAGCGCUGGGAGAGACGCCAGCGGAGGAAGAGGAGGAUACGCCAGCGUUCCAUCAGCAGGGAGAAGUGGGUGGAAACGCUGGUGGUGGCCGAUUCCAAGAUGGUGGAGUACCACGGCAGCAAGGGCGUGGAGAGCUACGUACUGGCUGUCAUGAACAUCGUGUCGGGGUUGUUUCAUGAUGCCAGCAUUGGAAACCCUAUCAACAUCGUAGUGGUUCGUCUGAUCCUGCUGGAGAAGGAAGAGGAAGACCUGAAGAUCACCCACCACGCUGACAACAGCCUGAGCAGCUUCUGUAAGUGGCAGAAACGGCUUAACGUGAAGGGAGAAGAACACGCAGUCCAUCACGAUGUGGCCGUCCUUCUCACCAGAAAGGACAUCUGUACGGCCAUCAAUAAGCCCUGUGAGACCCUGGGCCUGUCUCAUGUGGCAGGAAUGUGUCAGCCCCACCGCAGCUGCAGCAUCAGUGAGGACACGGGCCUGCCGCUGGCCUUCACCGUCACCCACGAGCUCGGGCACAACUUUGGGAUUCAGCAUGAUGGGAACGGCAAUGACUGUGAGCCGAUUGGGAAAAGACCUUUCAUCAUGUCUCCACAGCUCCUGUAUGGCACCUCCACCCCCAGCUGGUCGCGCUGCAGCCGCCAGUAUAUCACCCGCUUCCUCGAUCGAGGCUGGGGCUGGUGCCUGGAUGACCCCCCCAUACGGGACGUGCUGGAUCUGAACUCUGUUCCCCCCGGGGUCCUGUACAGUGCUGCCCACCAGUGCCGCCUACAGUACGGCUCUGGAUCCCUGCUCUGUGACGACGUGGACAACGUCUGCAGUACGUUGUGGUGCACUGUGGGGACAACUUGUCACUCAAAGCUGGAUGGUGCAGUCGACGGGACCAGGUGUGGUGAGGACAAGUGGUGCUUUGACGGGGAGUGUGUGGCGGUGGGACACCAGCCUGAGAGCGUCAAAGGGGGCUGGGCUCCAUGGAGCGAGUGGUCUGCCUGUUCCAGAACCUGUGGGGCUGGAGUUCAGAACGCCCAGAGGGACUGCGUCAACCCAGUUCCCAAGUACGGAGGGAAGUACUGCGUGGGGGAGCGAAGGCGCUACAAGAUCUGUAACAGCACCCGCUGCCCCCCCAACCAGCCCUCCUUCAGACUCAUCCAGUGCAGUCACUUUAACACCAUGCUUUACAAGGGCAAGUUCUACAAAUGGGUGCAGGUCAACAACCGAGUGAACCCCUGCGAGCUGCACUGCCGCCCUCUGAACGAGUACUUCUCAGAGAAGAUGCUGGACGCGGUCAUUGACGGGACCCAGUGCUAUGAGGGCAGCUUGAGCCGAGACAUGUGUGUUAACGGCAUCUGCAAGAAUGUGGGGUGUGACUAUGAGAUUGACUCCAACGCGGUGGAAGAUCGCUGUGGGGUUUGCCAUGGCAACGGGUCUACUUGUGAGACUGUGAAGAAGACCUUUGAGGAGAGUGAAGGGCUUGGGUAUGUGGACAUUGGGCUGAUUCCAGAGGGGGCUCGGGAAAUUCGUAUCGAGGAGGUGGCUGAGGCUGGGAAUUUCUUGGCUCUCCGGAGUGACGACCCCGGAAAGUACUUCCUGAACGGCGGUUGGACUAUCCAAUGGAAUGGGGAAUACAAGGCAGCGGGGACGGUGUUCACCUAUGAGAGGACAGGACAACUGGAGAACCUGACCUCCCCUGGACCAACCCUAGAGCCAGUGUGGAUACAGCUACUCUUCCAGGAGACCAACCCAGGGGUGCGCUAUGAGUACACCAUCCAUAGAGAGACUCUUCUGGACUCAGACAAUGACAUCCCUAUCCCCGGUUUCUUCUGGAAGUAUGGCUCAUGGACUGAGUGCAGUGCCACCUGCGGGACAGGUGUCCAGCGACAGAUUGUUCACUGUGUGGAGAGGACCUCUGGGAUAGUAGAAGAGGGCUACUGUGACCCGACGACCCGUCCUGACGAUAAACGAGCCAGCUGCAAUGAGGAGCUUUGCCCAGCCAUCUGGUGGGUGGGCGAGUGGCAGAAGUGCUCGGCCACGUGCGGUGAGAAGGGCUUGGCCAAGAGGACGGUGCUGUGCAUCCAGGCCGUGAGUCUGGAGGAGAACAGAGCCCUGCAGCCCUCUGAAUGUCAACACAUACCCAGGCCUGAGUCAGCGGCGCCUUGUAACGCUCAUGUCCCCUGCCCCGCGGACUGGUCCACAGGCAACUGGUCUGAGUGCUCGCUGACGUGUGGCGGUGGUGUGCGGAGCCGAAAGGUUGUCUGUUCCAGAAACACAGGGGUGGACUGUGACCCCCGAAAGAAUCCCAGUUCCCUUACUCCAUGCUACCUCCAGGACUGUCCUCAGAACAUUGAUGUCUUCGGUGGCAGCAACGACUGGUCUGGCAGUGGUUCGUCAAGCAAGGAAAUCAACGAAAUCAACUCCAUCCCUGACUCUAACCCCCUGCCCAAACACAGUACGACUAGAGCUCAGCCAAGGGCCCCUAACAAUCUGAAUAACAUCAUCCCCCACCUGAAUCACAUUGACAAGACUACUGACAACUCAGCCAAAAACAAUGUACCGGUGGACGAUUUUUACUACGACUACAACUUCAUCAAAUUCCACGAGGACAUUUCCUACGACUUCGGCUUAGGGAACAACGGUAAAGACUUGGUGGAUGAUCUUGGACCAGAUCCACAACAGGAGCCUAAACCAAGUUCUAGUGCAGAAGAACAUGUUUACAGAGAAACUACAACAGAUCCUCCCACAACUACUACCUCACCCAUUUCUACCACUUAUAAGACUACUCCUUUCAUUAGGGAAGUUGAGGAACCACAAGACCCUAACCUGGACAAUGCUGAGAUUGAUGGAAGACCACAGACGGAGAAACCCAAUGAAGUAGAGCAAGAGGAGGAGGAUUUACUCCUUUCAGAGGACUAUUUUCUACCUGUUUCCACCACACCCUCAGCACCAAUUUUAGAGACCAGGUUAUCACAAAGCUGGAAAGAAACAAACAGUAAUUUUGGUUGGCCUCAUUACCUCAGCACAGCAGCCAGCCCAGUGCCCACUAGCAUGGGAACCACUGAGAACACACAUGGGCCCCAUAGUGAAAAGAAUGAUGAUGAAAACACUGACAUUUAUGUCCAUUUUGAUGUGAAAGACAGCAAUGUUGGUACAACCAUCGAAUGUACCACCACUGCCCCUGUCAGCCAUGACUAUGAAGAUGGCACCGUACCCACAACAAUGGUAGAAGAGGUGAAAGAAGUGGGUGUUUUGGACUACAAUUCCCACCAGGAGACUGCAAUUGGACUACAAUCCCCUGGCUACCAAGAUGAAAAGGAGAGCCCGCUUCCACCCCUGGAUCCACCUUCCCCAGGACCUGUGUUUGAGUUUGAAACAUACGAGGACAGCUUUUUCACCACAACCCUGUCCCAAUGGGAGGCAACCACCUCUCUUCCAUACGAGCCACCAGCCCCAGACUCCACUGGGGAUUACAAUGGCUUUUUCCCUGGUGAACCAGACUUUGAUCAGCAGGACUUUGAAAUUGAGCCCAAAGCUGAUAGCGAAGUCAAUUUAGGGGUCACCGACAGUGACUUCACCGUGACCUCACGUCCUGUGCCUCAGGAGCCACAUCUUCCACCCUCUCCUCCCCCACCUCUUUCCCAUUCACUCUCAGGAAACCAGGAGAACAUCAAACACAGCACAUCAACAACUGGAAGUGACUCUCCUCCUCCUACUCAUCUGGAAGGAGACCCUCAGUCUCCACCUCCCUCAAUGUUAGCAGAGACAGAGCCAACCACAGCCCAGUUAGAGACAGACAUUUCAGCACAGUCCUCCACGACUGGGCCAACUCCAUCUAAAGGGGCCAAUGCGGGCCCUCCAGUCCCCUCCCCAUACGGGUGGUCAGAGAUUGACUACAAUGAAAUCCUCAUCCCCCCCAUGCUGAGAUCCAGGGGCAUUGACCCUUCCCUCACAUACCGACCCCCAGUGGAUGUCACCACAACCACUCCCCAGGAUGGCACGAAACCCAUGCCCCCCACCCAGUCCCCUGAGCCAGCCGUGCCCCCCACCCAGUCCCCUGAGCCAGCCGUGCCCCCCACCCAGUCCCCUGAGCAAGCCGUGCCCCCCACCCAUUCCCCUGAGCCAGCCGUGCCCCCCACCCAGUCCUCUGAGCCAGCCAUGCUCACUCUGCCAACCCAUUCUCCCACCACACUCUCGUGGACACCAGAGCCAACCCCAGUGCCAAGCCCAGCUUCCACUCCAAACGCCACAGCUUCCUUCUGGAGAGCCGGUAACUGGAGCGCAUGUUCUACUAGCUGUGGUCUGGGGGCCAUCUGGAGGCUGGUGGUCUGCAGCACGGGACUGGAGUCUGACUGUGACCUGACCAAGAGGCCUGUACCGGCCCGGCGCUGCUACCUCCGACCCUGCUCCUCCUGGAGGAUAGGGAACUGGACCAAGUGUUCCAAGAACUGUGGUGGUGGGGUGACCCUGCGUGAGAUCCAGUGCUUUGACACCAGGGACCAGAGGCCUUUGCGGCCCUUCCACUGUCAGACCGUGUCUACCCGGCCGGUAGCACGCAUACCCUGCCUACCCCAGCCCUGCCUGGACUGGUACUCUUCUUCCUGGGGACAGUGCUCUGAGGUGUGUGGGGGAGGGGAGCAGCAGCGUCUGGUUACCUGUCCAGAAGAGGAUCGCUGUGACGAGGACCAUCUGCCCAGCAACAUCCAGGCCUGUAACAGCCAACCCUGUACCCAAUGGGUCACUGGCUCCUGGGGACAGUGCUCUGCAUCCUGUGGUGGCGGCGUGCAGCGGAGGCUGGUGAAAUGUGUGAACACCAAGACGGAGCCUGAGGAGGAGGAGGAUCAUGCCCAGUGUGACUCUGAGCCCUGGCCAGAAAACAGCCAGAAGUGUAACCUGAAUGAGUGUGACAGCGGCCCCGCUGGGCUCACGUGUCUUCGUGACCGCCUCACGUUCCGUUUCUGUCAGACCCUCCAGUGGCUUGGCCGAUGCCACCUGCCCGCCGUGCGGACACAGUGCUGCAAGACCUGUGGCCGCCGUUCCCGUGGCAACGAGCGCACGUCCCGUCGCUGAGGUCAGCGAUCAAUAUAGGGUGGACACGGUCACCCACACUCUUACACUCUCACACGCACAGACAUGGACACCCACAGACAUGGACACACACAGACAUGGACACGCACAGACAUGGACACACACAGACAUGGACACGCACAGACAUGGACACCCACAGACAUGGACACACACAGACAUGGACACACACAGACAUGGACACAUACAGACAUGGACACAUACAGACAUGGACACCCACAGACAUGGACACACACAGACAUGGACACACACAGACAUGGACACAUACAAACAUGGACACAUACAGACAUGGACACAUACAGACAUGGACACGCACAGACAUGGACACAUACAGACAUGGACACAUACAGACAUGGACACACACAGACAUGGACACCCACAGACAUGGACACACACAGACAUGGACACACACAGACAUGGACACACACAGACAUGGACACACACAG